AUGUCCAUAUUUACACCAACAAACCAGAUCCGACUCACAAAUGUGGCGGUGGUGAGGAUGAAAAAGGGAGGAAAACGAUUUGAAAUCGCCUGCUACAAAAAUAAAGUGAUGAGCUGGAGAUCUGGAGCGUGAGUAUUUAAGGAAUUUAGCUGAUAGCUAGCUAGCAGCAAGAAGCUAGCUAGCUAAAUCUAUCUGUUUGAUACCCACCGAGGCAUAUAGCAAACACUACCAUUAUGUCAGACAAAUGAUAGUAUGUUUUCAUCUUUGAUGUAUUUCUAAUUAGCUCCGAAUGUAACUAAAUAAUGUUUAAACAAUAUGUGCUGUUUCGGAGGAGCAAGUCAUGACCUAUCACUGGCCUUGUAUCGUGCAUCAUAUUCUUACCCAGGGCCGAGAGGCUGUGGAAUAAUGGGGAUUUGAGGAACAGUCUAGGUGCCAUGUGUUUUGCAUCACUGAUUCUUUGGACUUUGAAGCACCUACACCUGGCAUCUUUUGAAUAAAAAAAUGGGACCUCCCUCAGAACCAAAUCCAGUAGCUGGUCAGAGUUCACACAAUAUUUGGUUUUAGGUUGUAGAGAUUAGCCUUACAAUCACUAUAGGUAUUGAAAGCAUCAUCUAGCACAGUGCUUCUAUUUUUGCCCUAGCACUAUUCACCUGAUUCCACUAACCAACUCAUCGUCAAACCUUUGAUUAGUGGAAUCAGGUGUGUAGUGCUAGGGCAAAAAAAUUGCACCCCUUUGGAUCCCCAGGACCAGGAUUAAGAAACGGUGAUAGCAAAACCCCAUGUAAACGCUUAAUACAUUUCCAUACCAUUUCCAUUUGCCAAUUACACAGAGAGAAGGACCUGGAUGAAGUGUUGCAGACCAGCUCUGUUUUCAAUAAUGUUUCUAAGGGUCAGGUUGCCAAGAAAGAUGAUCUGUCAAAAGCCUUUGGAACAGAUGACCUGACCGAGAUAUGCAAACAAGUAAAUACAUUGACAAAUACAAACUAACACCAGUAACUAAUAUUAAACUCACAUUCAACAUUAUGUAUUGCUGUUAGAUUUGCCUAUUCUGUAUUGCUGUUAGAUUUGCCUAUUCUGUAUUUGUCUUUUCUUUGUCGGUCAGAUUUUAGCUAAAGGAGAACUCCAGGUUUCAGACAAGGAGAGGCAGAGCCAGUUGGAGACGAGUUUCAGAGACAUUGCGACCAUCGUGGCGGAGAAGUGUGUGAACCCAGAGACCAAGCGACCAUACACAGUCAACCUCAUAGAGAGGGCCAUGAAGGAUAUCCACUACUCUGUCAAGGCCAACAAGAGCACCAAGCAGCAGGUAUGGCUGGGACAUAGUGUUGUUGCUACAGUACACUCUGGAGCCUAGACAUUGUGGUAGAAAUAUUUGACUCAAAAGUAGUCAACUCAAAAAUAUCUCAAGAAACUGGAGCUUGUGAAUCCAAAAAUUAGACUUUAUUAUUAUGUAACAAAGCCGAGGUGCUCCAUGGAACAUCUACUCUCCUUGGCUCAAAGCUUUCCUUUUAUCCAAAUACAAAUGCAUAGUCAUCCUUACAUUGAAUAUACAGUUACUCCCCUUAGGGUAAAUUAUUAACUUAUUUCAUGGCCACACCACCCUUAUCUCUCAACGUCUAGAUGUCACAUGUUGUUUUCUCCAAAAAGGCUAUGUGAACUUUUCCAGAUGAGACCUCUUUCCCUUAUACAAGCAGUGGCAAGAUGUAGCCAUACAUUAUUCCCUUCAAAUGUGAGGAGUUUGAUCUCUCAUAUUAAACAUUCUUAACAUGUAUGUUGUUUAGCUAUAUAAACCAGGAUACUUACAUGGAUGGCUUUCAGUACAUACCAACUAAUGACAGUCUUUGUCAUGCUAAUGCCCCAUGAAUCUAACGGCUGUUUGUUUGUCCCUAGGCUCUGGAGGUGAUCAGGCAGCUGAAGGAUUCCAUAGAAAUCCAGAGGGCUCACAUGAGGCUAAGGCUGGUCCUGCCGGCCAAGGACGGCAAGAGGCUGAAGGAGAAACUCAAACCCCUCCUCAAGGUGGUGGAAAGUGAAGACUUUGACGACCAGCUGGAGAUGGUGAGAGACAGAUCCCUCUGGUCAACACUGUGGGGCUGUAAAGCACAUGUGUCAAACUAAUUCCACGAAGGGCCGAGUGUCUGCGGGUUUUCGCUCCUCCCUUGUACUUGAUUGAUUAAUUGAGGUCACUAAUUAGUAAAGAGCUCCCCUCACCUGGUUGUUUAGGUCUUAAUUGAAAGGAAAAACCAAAAAUCUGCAGACACUAGGCCCUUCACGGAAUGAGUUUGAUACCCCUGCUCUAAACUGAAAUGGUUAUAUCUUAUCUAGACAUGAUACCCAAACGAAUAUGUAAUACAUUGUAUAUGCUAUGAGUGGUAAAUAGUUCAAGUAAUGCAACAACAACAACUCUCUCCCUCCCCCUCUCUAUAUAUAUUUCUCUCCCCCUCCCUCCAUCCUCCAGGUGUGUCUGGUGGACCCAGGCUGCUUCAGGGAGAUAGAUGAGUUGAUCCGCUGUGAGACGAAAGGUAAAGGUUCCCUGGAGGUGCUCAGUCUGAAGGAUGUGGAAGAGGGAGACGAGAGGCUGGAAUAGCCUUCACACAGAGCCCUAUAGGACUACAUACAUACACUAUCUUGCCACACAAACUGCAAACCCAUAAUUAAAGAGACCGCUAUUUCUAAUACCAAUGGAGCCCUUCUUAUUUCCAGACUCUGUAUAUUUAAAUAUAUAUAUUUUCCUGCCCUAAAUACAACUACUGGAUGUAUAGUCUCUCGUGACUGCUGAUUUGUUUCUGGGUGCCGAGAUUACUGGAUUUAUAACCUCUUGCAAGUUGCAUGAUGCUUUAGCGCGGAGGUUGGUGGAAACCUGUGCUCAAAUAUUGAGAUGCUCUGUAUUUAUUUAGUUUACAAAACAAGUUUGAGUCUUGUCAGGUAUUGACCAGUUUUUCACUUCAUAUUAUGAGUUUUGACAAACACUGACAGAACAUUUUCAAUCAUUAUAUUGACCCAUUUCCGGCCGUGUCAUGAAAAGUUGCAUGCGCAUGAAAGGGGAUUGUUUACAUGGAAGUGGAUAGGACAACAUGUGAUGUUAAAUGCAGCUUGUGCAAGUUAACAAACGUGGAAUCCGAUGGUUAACAUCUACAACAUCGCAGAUGUCAUCGGAGGGUUGAUUUAUCUAGAAAAAUAUCACAAAUGGAGCUAGAUAGAUAAAGCCAGAAGAAUAAUAUACUUGUUGAACAUAGCUAUAGCCAUCAGUCUUGUGUUUUCAUGGUCAUCACUCACUGCUAAGUUUGUCAAGGUCCCGACAUCGGUGUAUAGCUAUCUGCCACAGGGCUUUUUGCUGCGAGCAUGCACGUGCACAACUCGAAUGUGACGUUUGCUUAUAAACAGAAAAUGGCUCUAUAUAAUUGAAUGAAGUAAUUUUUAUGAGUCAACUUCUACUCAAGUAAUUAAUAUGGUUUUGACCCUGCCUUUCAUUUUACCAAGUGUGCCAUUUCACCAUGUUUGAAAAGUCAUUUUAUUAUGAAUAGUUCAUUUAACCACUUAAUUUUUUGUUAUUUUUCAAAAUUAAAUGAGUCUUUCCUUAUAAACAAUUGCAAAUAAAAACGUAAUAAUC